AUGUUUCGCCUGCAUGAAGAGGACGGACCACGCGUAGUCUAUGAUGAUUUCCUCUACAAGGACUACAAGCCGAGAAAACGCCUGAGUCAACUCUUCCAUUGUUUUCUACCGAAUCUGAAGAGACACAGUCGUCGGACUCCGAUAGUGGUUAGCAAUAGCCUGCACAACUGCCUGCCAGAUCUGGACCAAGCCAUGCCUUCGAAAAUUAGCGAUGAGGGAUCCAGGGCCACGUGGCUCACCUUGAUCACAAAAGCAUCCUCAAGUUGUGGACUUUCGAUAAUUGAACCACUGCCCUAA